CAAAGCACAAAACUGCUGCUAUACCGACUAGACCGCGAUCCGGCAACCUAUGUGCUCUACCUGGAUGCCACCUACAAGCUAAGCCAGGUGGAGUAUCCGGUCAUGUUUGUGGCCAUCUCCGACUGUAUGAGCUCCUUUCAGCUAGUGGCGUUCUUCAUUCUCUCCCAGAAAACUGAGCAUCAUUUUGCGGAGGCGCUAGCUAUGUACAGGCGAAUGUAUACACUGGUGACGAACAAGCAGCUCUCAGUUAGCUAUGUCAUAGCUGACGCGGGAAAAGCUCAGUGA